AGGUUGCCCAGUUACCUCCGGGCUGAGAAGAGUAAAGCUCAUUUUGUGCUGUGAGGAGUGAAAAAUCCUUUCGAAUUGUUCAUACUGACGUCAAGAGCCUUGAUAACUUUCCACUCUCCGAACCUACCGUCCUGGUAACGCCUGCGUUUGUUAGCCAUGCCGUUGCCUGUUGCGUUGCAGACUCGUUUAGCCAAGAGAGGAAUCCUUAAACAUCUGGAACCUGAGCCAGAGGAAGAGAUCAUUGCAGAGGAUUAUGACGAUGAUCCCGUGGACUACGAGGCUACCCGGUUGGAAAGUCUGCCACCGAGUUGGUACAAGGUGUUCGACCCUUCUUGUGGGCUCCCUUACUAUUGGAAUGCGGACACAGACCUCGUAUCUUGGCUCUCUCCCCAUGACCCCAACUCCAUUGUCACCAAAUCUAUCAAGAAGCCUAAAAUUAAUAAUGCAGAUGCUGAAGAGAAGGUAGAUCGGAACCAUGAGAAGCCAGAUAGGAACCAUGAGAAGCAAGACAGGAAUCAUGAAAAGCCAGAAAGAGUGGAGAAAUCUGAGCGAAACCAUGAAAAGUCGGACAGAGAUCGAGAACGUAACUAUGACAAAGUGGACAGAGAGAGAGAGAGGGACCGGGACCGGGACCGGGACCGCGGGUAUGACAAAGCAGACCGCGAAGAGGGCAAAGAACGUCGUCACCAUCGACGGGAAGAGCUGGCUCCCUACCCCAAAAACAAAAAGGCAGCCAACCGUAAGGAUGAAGAGCUAGACCCUAUGGACCCCAGCUCUUAUUCAGAUGCACCCCGCGGCACAUGGUCGACAGGACUCCCCAAGCGGAAUGAGGCCAAGACAGGAGCUGACACCACAGCAGCUGGGCCCCUCUUCCAGCAGCGUCCAUACCCAUCCCCAGGGGCUGUGCUCCGGGCCAAUGCUGAAGCCUCCCGAACCAAACAGCAGGAUUGAAGCUUCGCUCUCCACAACCCUGGCAGUUUUCUGUCUUGGCUCUUUUUUUCCCCUUGUGGUGGCAUUGGGGAUUAAACCCAAGGCCUUAGUGCGUGCAACUUCUCUACCACC